CAUUGGGACAGAAUUGGUAGAGGAAACGAAAAGAGUGAUUUAGAUAAUUAUUUCAAAUAUUUAAAACUGAAUUAAACAAUUGGAAACAAAAACAAAUAUAUAAUGUUACGUGCUUGGAUUUAACAAAAGACUUUUCCCCUGAAAGUUGUUUAGAAUAGAAUUGGAGUAGACGAAAUGAAAACAGAAGAUUUAAGUGAAUUAGAAAUUCUUGAUGAAACUUCCAUUGUCCAAACUUUAAGAUGCAGGUUCAACAAAGACAUAUUUUAUACAUACAUAGGAGAAAUAUUGGUAGCCAUCAAUCCAUGUAAACCACUACAUCUAUUCGACGAAAAGAAUCAUCAUGAUUACAAAAACCUCACCGUUCGUUCCCAAAGACCACCACAUUUAUUCUGGGUGGCCGACCAAGCUUUCCGGGCAAUGCAAGACACCAAACGGAACCAAUGUAUACUGGUUAGUGGAGAGUCCGGGUCCGGCAAAACAGAAAGUACCAAGUACAUGAUACAACAUCUGAUGAAACUCAGCCCAAGUGAUGACGAGUCUCUACUUGAUAAGAUUGUCCAGAUUAAUCCACUGCUAGAAGCAUUUGGUAAUGCAUCUACUGUUAUGAACAAAAAUUCAAGUCGUUUUGGUAAAUUCAUUGAACUGCAGUAUGCCGAAGAUGGAUCGUUGUUGGGAGCUAAAAUUGAUGAUUACAUUUUGGAGAAAUCAAGAGUUGUCCAUCGGAGUCCUGGCGAGAAAAAUUUUCAUGUCUUCUAUGCAUUAUUUGCUGGGAUGUCAAGAGACAGAUUACUCUAUUACUUUUUGGAAGAUCCUGAUUGCCAUAGGAUCAUGAGGGACGAUGACCAAAGUAGUAGUGUGUUCAAAGACAACGAAGAAUACGAAUACUACCAUCAAAUGUUUACAAAUCUGACCAAAAUUAUGGCAGAAAUAGGAUUUUCUGAAGAGCACAUCUCAGUAAUAUUUCUAGUUCUAGCAGCAGUGUUACAUCUAGCCAACAUUCAGUUCGUAACAUGCGAGGAAACAGAUGGAGUCACCGUGGCAGACGAGUAUCCCCUACAUGCUGUUGCUAAGUUACUUGGAAUAGAAGAUGAGGUUGAACUAACUGAAGCACUAAUUUCCAACGUCAACUACAUAAAGGGAGAGAGAAUUCAGUCAUGGAAAAACUUCAGAGAUGCAAACAACAGCAGAGAUGCUUUAGCCAAGGACCUUUACUCCAGACUCUUUGGGUGGAUUGUUGGACAGAUCAACAGAAAAAUAUGGACAGCGAAGAAACGUCAAUCAAACAUGGUCAGAGGACCAUCAAUAAGCCUGCUUGACCUGUCUGGAUUUGAGAAUUUUACAAACAACAGCUUCGACCAAUUUUUCAUCAAUGCUUCCAAUGAAAGGUUACAGCAAUAUUUUAUGGAAUAUAUCUUUCCCAGAGAACAAAGAGAAUACGAUAUAGAAGGAAUAGAAUGGAGAAACAUAAUGUACCACUCUAAUGAUGACGUUCUAGAUCUUCUGUUUAAGAAACCGGAUGGAAUCUUAUCAUUAAUGGACGAGGAGUCUCAUUUUCCACAAUCCAGUGACAAAAGUUUUGUACAGAAGCUGAACAAAUAUUGUAGUGAAAGUGAUCGAUAUAUUCAAUCCUUAAGAAAUAAGACCUGCUUUGAAAUUCAACAUUAUGCUGAACAGGUCGUAUACAACGCAGAUGGUUUCCUGGAAAGAAACAGGGACAAUUUAAGUUCUGACCUGGUUGGUUGUAUGCUAAACAGUAACAAUGAAUUCAUCAAGGACUUGUUCACUGCAUCGAUGUCACCAACUGGGACUAUUUCAGACUUUGCUAGCAAAUGUUCAUCACGUCCACGACUACCCAGUAUUUGGCCAUCAGCAAUAGAUCCAGAUAAACUCAGGGAGAGCUUAUCUCGACAAGCAUCUUUACGCAUCAAGAGGAGAAGUAUUUCCUGCGACAGCAUUGCUAGCACUAUCAAUGGUAGAUCAUCACCAACUGUUACAAAUCACUUCAAGAGGUCACUGUCUGAUUUGAUGACAAAACUGACGCAGUCCCAACCACUGUUUGUUAGAUGCAUUAAGCCAAACAAAACUAUAGCAGCUGAUAAAUUUGAGACUGAACUGGUACGGAGACAGAUGCUAUGCAACGGAUUAAUGGAAAUAGCAGAACUUAGGCGAUAUGGUUAUCCAGUGAGAGUAAAGUUUGAAGACUUUGCUGCAAGGUUUGCCAUGUUGUGUGAUUCAUCAGAUGAAAUGUACGGAGAUUUUGGAAGGUGUGUGGAUAUUCUUAAGGCAGCACACAUUGAAGGAGCACAAUUCGGUAAAUCAAAGAUCUUUAUGAAAAGCUGGGAGAAAGAUCUUCUUGAAGAUACUCUUAGACAAAAGAUUGCAGAACAAGAGCAGAAGAGAAAAGACGAAAUAGCAAAACAAGAAGAACAAAAGAGAAUGGAAGCACUCAGAAGACAAUCUUUAGAGUCUAUUAUUUCUGCAAAGACAACUGAUAGCGUCUUUUUUGUCGAUACCAGUACUCCAAGCAAACCAUUAUUAGAACAAAUCACCAAUGAGUUUACUACUCCAGAGAAGACAUUUGAACCAGUUUAUACACAAAACAGGGGUGAUUUUGGAAGUGUUGCUGACACAAUUGAUGUCAAUGAUAGUGUCAGUGUUCAGAAAGGGAAACUGCGGAAAUCAGCAGACAGCAAGAGCACAUCAACAUCUACAUCAACAUCUAUUGAUGUAGGAGAAGAUUUCGAUAUGUGGCGACCAUAUGAUAUAUUCCAAGUUUCGGAGAGAGAGUUUGAGGACAACGACUAUGUGUUUAAAGAAAUCAUGAAGGGAAUUCGAGUAUUUCUGUACUUGUUUUUCAUUGUAAUGAUUCUGGGGUGCACUGUAGCCAGUAAGAUGUCCUUACUUCUGAUAACAUCUGGAAUAUCUCAGAAAGAUGAAAAUGCUAGAGGAGAGAACAUAGUGCUGUUGGUGAUAUGUUUAUGUGCACCAAUUGGUUGGAACUGGCUCAAUUCAUUCAUGAAAAUACUGUUUGGUGGUAAAACUUGGCCCUCUAUGAAGACAUUUUUUGUUCUGCUGUUAUUUGAAGGACUACAAACAUUUGGAAUGUGUCUGUUGUUGUUCAGAGUAUUACCAUCGACUGAUUUCUUUAGAGGAUUAGUGAUUACAUUUGCAGUGUGUCAAAUUCCUAGUUUGCUAAAAGUAAUAGUUCACCAGAGGCGCCCGAAUUUAAGCAUUAGUGAAAUCGUUGCUGUUGUGAUGAACAUUGGAGCAUUUUUAGUACAAGUGUCUGCGAUUCCCUUUUUCACCAUUGGAGAAUUUCUUCGUGAAGGAAAUCACACUCUUUUGACAGGAUAUAAUGCAACUCAUUUUAGCAACACAUAUGUGAUUUGUGAAGGAGGUGGCGAAUGGGAACUGCCAGUAUCACUUGUAUUGAUAUCUAUUGGUUGGUGGGAGAAUUAUGUGUCUGGCGAAUGGACAGUUUUUGGAAAGAUAACGAUACCAUUCAAGCAAUGGCGAUCUAUUUUGCAGGACGUACGUGAAACAUCCUAUGUUCUUGUUGGUCCAUUAAAAAUUGGAUUAUGCAUAUUUCUCUCGCGAUUUUUAACCAACGAUAGUGUGUUGGUUCUACCAGCAACAGGGGAUUUCAAUGCAACGACAAGCGAUUUUUCGUCGAAAGCAGAAGAAGUAGGUGUGUCUUAUAGCUUAAUGUUCAUUCAGCUUGGAUCUGGAAUAAUUUGCACAUAUCUAGCUGGCCUAGCUUGUAAAUUACACAUGCAGAAAGCAGCAUUUGCAUUGCCAUUGACACUUGCACCACCUCUCACCUUAGUUGUAGUCUUUCUGCAAUGUUCAUACCAAUUUUUGCCAGCCCAUUGGCAUAUUGGAGGAUGGUUUUGUCCAAAACUGGAUUUAUAUUCCCUGCUGAUACCAUUGAUUUGUGCAGUGCUUUUGUGGUUAUCCUAUUCAAUUACCGUAUCCCAUAUCUGGUUCCCACAAUGUGAAAGAAUGGCAAAAAUUGAAAAACUGUUUAUAACACCCCACUUUGAGACCAUUUUCCCGGAUUUUACACUUACCAUGAAAAGAAGACGAAACGACAAAGAAAUAAAGAUAACAGGAUUUGAUACAUUCCGUUAUGUUGGUGACGAUACUUAUUGUGAAGAAAUAUACUCAGUAAACAAUAGAAUACCGUUUGUGUAUGUAUGUGCUACAAUGUGGCACGAAACACGACAAGAAAUGACCCAACUGCUCAAAUCUCUAUUUCGACUUGACUAUGUCCACUGUGCAAGCAAACUAGCCCAAGAUAAAUUCAGAAUCAAAGAUCCAGAUUUCUUUGACCUUGAAAUGCACAUUAUUUUUGACGAUGCCUUUGAAUUGGACGAGUCGGUGGAUAAAUAUGUUCCAAAUGGCUUUGUUAGAUUACUAUAUGACUGUAUGGAAGACGCAGCAAGAUCUGUUGUAAAAGGUCCUGUCAUCUUAUCCUCCCCUGAAAAAGUUCCUACACCAUAUGGUGGCAAGCUUAUAUGGACCAUGCCUGGACAUACAAAAUUACAUGUUCAUAUGAAAGACAAAAAUAAGAUGAGACAUCGAAAGAGAUGGUCACAGGUGAUGUACAUGUACUACUUACUUGGUUACAAGAUGUUUGGUGCAUACGAAGCAGACAAAUUCAUGAUGGAAGAAAUGGAUAAGGAAAACCCAAUGUCAAAGAAUAUUAGACAGAGAAAGAAGAAUAAAGGAAAGAAGAAAGAAAAAUCUAGACCCUUAAAAUCACUGUUUUCUCGUAUGAAUGCGGAACAAUAUGAUCAGGCUGAAAACACUUUCCUUUUGACACUUGAUGGAGAUGUUGAUUUUAAACCGGAUGCUGUUAAACUGUUGAUAGACAGGAUGAAGAAAAACAGAAAAGUUGGAGCUGUUUGUGGUAGAAUUCAUCCCAUCGGAUCAGGUCCGAUGGUGUGGUACCAGGAGUUUGAGUAUGCAGUUGGCCAUUGGCUUCAGAAAGCUGCAGAACAUGUCUUUGGUUGUGUGCUUUGUUGUCCUGGAUGCUUCAGUUUAUUCAGAGGAUCUGCAAUAAUGGAUGACAACGUGUUGAAAAUGUAUACCACACCACCAACGGAAGCCAGGCAUUACAUCCAGUUUGAACAAGGGGAGGACAGAUGGCUAUGUACACUUAUGCUUCAACAAGGACACCGAAUUGAUUACUGUGCUGGUUCUGACGCUCUUACAUUUGCUCCGGAAACAUUCAACGAGUUCUUUAACCAAAGACGUCGAUGGUCUCCUUCAACCUUGGCCAACAUGAUGGAUUUGUUAGCUUCAUGGCGUGAUACUGUUCGAAUCAACGAUAACAUCAGUCGACCUUAUAUGCUUUAUCAAUUUGUUCUAAUGGCGUCUACUAUCAUAGCGCCAUCUACCGUUAUUUUGAUGAUAACAGGGUCAUAUCAUUCUGUGUUUAAGUUGAGCAUAUUUGAGUCAUAUCUACUAUCUUUAUUGCCGGUUGUUAUAUAUCUAGCAAUUUGUCUGACAAUGAAAAGUGACAUUCAGAUAUUGGCAGCAGCAGUCAUUACAGCUCUGUAUGCAGUUAUCAUGAUGAUAGCGACAGUUGGAACAGUCAUAAGUAUUGUUACGGAAAAUUUCGGAAGCCCAAAUGUAGUCUUCUUAACUGGUCUAACAGCAAUAUUUUUGAUAGCGGGAAUUCUUCAUCCUCAGGAGUUCUUCUGUCUUGUAUAUGGCGCUUUAUAUUUUAUGGUCGUACCGUCGACGUUUAUUCUCUUGACUAUUUUCUACCUUUGUAACCUCAAUAACGUUUCAUGGGGAACAAGAGAAACACCAAAGAAACUUACAAAAGAAGAAGAAGAAGAGCAAGAACGUGUAAAUGAGGAUAAAAAGAAAAAGAAAGAGAGUAAAAGCUUUCUUAAUCGCCUUGGAAUCACUAAUUUAAUCAGUGAUGUAAGGGAUCUUAUAAAGAAUUUCAUAGGGUCAAGAGCCACUACAGAAAAGGUUUCCGCUUCAUGUCAGACUGAUGAAAACAAUUGUCUGGCAAGAACUGUUUCAAGAAAUAGUCGCAAUUCUGUCCAAUCAAAGGAUACAUCAAUGAAUAUGAAUGUCGAAGAUGUUGUUCCUCCUGGAUGGGAACCAGAUCCAGAUAACCCAUACUGGUUACAAAUGGAUCGUUUGGGCAAUGGUACCGUCAAGCAUCUUUCAAGGAACGAAACUGAUUUUUGGAAAUUCAUGAUUAGAAAAUAUUUACAUCCCAUCAAUGAAGAUAAGCAACACAAGGAAAAGAUAAAACAAGAUCUAAUUACACUAAAAAAUAAUGUAGUUUUUAUCUACUGUAUGAUAAACUUCCUAUGGACAGUCAUCACACUACAGUUACAAUCUAUGGAGGAUGAGCUUAAGAAUUUUUAUAUCAUAGAAAAGUACGAACCGUUAUCUUUGAUAUUUCUUUCGAUAUUUGCCAUUGCUAUUACUUUGCAAUUCUUCAGUAUGUUUAUGCACCGAUGGGGAACAUUCUUACAUUUGAUGUCAAGCACAAGAAUCGAUUGGUUAAAGACAGUCCAAACAGAAGAGGACUUUGUUCGAUUUGUAGUCAACGAAGCUCAGCGAUUACAAAGAAUGGAACCAGCUCCGGAUUAUGAUGACCUACCACCUGACUAUGACGACGAUGACACUACAACAACCACAUAUAAUAUGCCUGAUGAACCGUAUGACGAACUGCCAUCCUUACCUCCAACACCGGACGGAACAAUAAAAUCGGAACCAAAAAACAGAAAAAGACAUAGUGGUCCUAGCGACCCAAAUAUUCCUUUACUCCAGCAAAUAUUUGAAGAUCGACUUGAAAAUAUUCAUAGAAAAUGGAAGCAAGGUACAUUGGCCUUCCGAAAUAGUGACAAAAGACGUUUUAAUAGAUUUGACGAUAACCGAUUUUCACAAAAAGAUGAUAUUAUGCGUGAGAAAAUGUUUAAAAGAAGUUUUAAAAAGAAUAGCACAGAGGAAAACAUGCAUACUGCUAUUAAAAUAGAUACCAUUUAACAUUGAACUGACAAGUAGAGUUGGAAUACAAACAAUCAAUGUUAAAAAGAUCAAAUAAAAAAUUAGUUUUGGAAUAUACCAGUGUUUAGAUUUUUGCAAAAGAAAGAGACAUAGCAAAUGAUGGUAUUUUCGUAUUUAAAAUUUGGAAAUGUGGAUUUUCCAGAAUCGUAUCACAUCAGAUUGCAAACUGUUGUAGGUGAAUGAUGAUUCUAAAGACAGUGUUCGUGUUUGUUUUAUGUUCUUCGUUGGUCACAUUUGAGUGUUCAAUUGUAUGUAGAUGUGCAACUAUUUCUCAUACAAGAUAUAAGAUGUUCAAUAACACUGAAUACGUAGCAUUUUAUCAUAAUGAUAACACUGUACUGACAUUAUAUGACAUUAUUUUCGCUUUUAAAUUAGGACAAAUUCAGAAAUAGAUUAUGUAUUAGGAAAUGCUUUUUAAAUCAACUAUUUUUAAAAACAAAGGUACUGCUUAUCAAAUAAAUGCUUAGUUUGUAUAAAUAAUUGAAGUUGGGAAUAUGCAGAUUUUAAAAAGAAACGUUUACAAAUCACAACAUAUUACAAGGAUUACAUUCUAGUAUACAACGUGUAAAACUAUAUAUAAUAUGAAAUACAUGAUACAAAAAAUAGGGCGUAGUAACAUGUAGUUGCACUAGUCAUAUUGUUAUUUUACAACAAAAUGCUAUUUUGAAUGCACCGAUAUUGCCUCCGCUGUGUAACCAGUAACAGAAAAGAACUUGUCUCUGUCUUUUGUGUACUGUUUUAUAAAGCUUUUGGAUGCGGGUUGAUUUGUGUAAUUUUAAUGAUAACAUUAUCACCAUGUAAAAGCAAUCACACUUUUAAUAGAUCAGAACCAAAAUGUAAACCAUAUGUCUCAAUAAAAUAUGUUAUAAAUGUUUAUAUGAAUAAAAUGUAAAUAAAUAUGAUUACCCAA